GGACGUUCCGAUCGCUCUGUUAAUGUCCCUUGGUGGACGUUCAAGUCUUGAUCGUGGCUCCGAGAGGGCUGUUUUUGGCAUAACUGUUCAAUGGAAUAAUGCAUAUAGUUGCGUCUGUAAUGUGGUAGCCAUGGCGGAUGAAGGGUUUGGGUGUCCGCUGUUGGCUUGCUUCAGUUUGCUGGCUCACAUAGUAUUGACUUGACAGUGUUUACACGCUUGGUCUUACAAUAACAUUGGUCUUCAGCCAUGACGGGUCCCACUGUGGACUGGGGUAUAGCCAGCUGAUCUGUUUGUACUGUACACACGACCAACCGGUACACACAUCUGAUUGAUACACUAGCUCCAGAUCAAUGUAUUGAUGGACUCCAACACUCUGUAAUAUAGGUGCUAGGUACGGAGCCGACUGUCUCAUCUGUGUCACAUACAAACUUGAAUGUUGUACCUGGGUGUCGCUGUGUCGCCGGGAACUGAGGACUAUCAGUGAGUGGGACACACGGAGACAUGUGCUAUACACAUCUGGAUGUGAUCCCCCACACAACACCUGGCUUUCUGUGAGAGCCCUACUGCUGGGAUCUCCCUGUGACGUCGCUGUCUCUGGGAUCUCCCCAUCAUACGCUGGAAUCUAUACCGUUAACUCAGACACAGCAUCAGUACAUCGUAAUUACACAAGGAUGUUUUAACGUGGGUUUUACUUGACACACUGAAGCCACGGAAAUGGAGUGUCUCGCUUACAACCAACAGAAAUUUGCUUCUGUCAUUCACAACAUCAACAAGGAGCUCAAUGAUAAGGGCUAUAUCCAGGGCAAUAAUGCAGAAGAUGAGAACAAGAUACUAGAGGAUCUCAGUCCAGCAUCCGACACAUUCAGAGACAACCGUCAGCUCGUCACCGAGAUGCGGGGCCACAACUUCGAUGUAAUCCGUUUUGCAACAUACAGAACUGCCUGCAAGCUCCGAUUUGUCCAGAAGAAAACUAACCUGUACCUAGUGGACAUAUGGAACAUUAUUGAAGCCUUCCGAGAGAAUGGCCUUAACACUCUGGAGCCAGAAUCUGAGCUCAACGGCUCAAGGGUGGAGUCGGUGUUGUCCAGUAUAUUUUGUCAUCUGAACAAGCGUCUACCCUCCCCACAACAGGUGGACAAUGACCAGUGUAUACAGAUGCUGCUUAGCUGGCUCAUCAACGCUUACGACAGUGCCGGCCGAGGGCGGAUCCGAGUGUUCUGUCUCAAGGUGGCAUUGUCCCACAUGUGUGCUGGCAAACUGAUGGACAAGCUACGCUACAUCUUUACCCAGUUGUCUGACUCGAGUGGGUACCUGAACAGACAGCGGUUUGAGGACUACCUACGAGACCUGUUAACACUACCGACAGCCGUGUUUGAGGGGCCAUCUUUUGGUUACAAUGAGAUGGCCUCACGGGCCUGCUUUGACGGCAGGUCGCCAGUAAAUGUUAAUGACUUCUUGAAUGUAAUGAUGUCGGACCCCGGACCACAGUGCCUCAUGUGGUUACCCAUACUCAACAGGAUGGCUCAGGUGGAGAACGUUUUCCAUCCUGUGCAGUGUGAGGGCUGUCAUCGAGAGUCCUUUAUGGGGUUCCGUUACAAGUGUCAGCGUUGCUAUAACUACCAGUUGUGCCAAGACUGUUUCUGGAGGGGCCGAACCUCUGGGAACCACAGCAAUGACCACGAUAUGAAAGAGUACACAUCCUAUAAGUCGGCAGCAAAGCAGAUAGGCCACAAUCUGAAGAAAUCUAUAAAAUGUGUGCCCACCAAGGCAAACCAGAAGAUCCCCCACUUCCCCGACACGCCGGAGAAAACAAUGGAUCUUUCCUACAUAGUAAAGCUCCCUUUUGAGGAUGUUAUGCGCCUCCUGAAACCUCCUACGCCUCAGCCUCCGAGGAAUGGGUUCCACCAGGAGCUGCCAUUGACCCAGUCAUCGGAGGUGUCCUCUGUCGACAGCGGCAUCAGUCCUCGCAGCCCCAGUAAAGCCAACGUGGACACGACGAGAAUAGAUGAUGAGCACCGCCUCAUUGCCAGGUAUGCUGCACGCCUGGCCGCCGACGUCACCAAUGCAACAGCUGUAACAGGGAGUCGAAAGGCAAGGAGUCCAACGGAGCUCAGCUUCAGUUUGGAUGGCAGCAAAGCCCAGAGGGAGCUCAUCUCUCAGCUGGAGGCUAAAAACAGGGAGAUAAUGAGGGAGAUACAGAGACUGAGACUAGAACAGGAAGCUCACGCCAAAAGUACAGCAGAUGCUCAAUACAACCCAACCCUACUGGCUGAGCUUCGGUUACUACGGCAACGCAAAGAUGAGCUAGAAAACCGCAUGCAGGCCCUCCAGGAAAGUCGCAAGGAGCUUAUGCUACAGCUGGAGGGACUCAUGAAGUUACUCAAGAACCACCCUACCUCACCCAGAUCCACACCUAAUGAGAGUCCUCGCUCUCAGACGGCCAGCCUUCCCCCCACUUCGUACGCUGGGCGGGCGAGCGCCCCCACCACGCCUGCCAUGGAGUCUUCCAUGCUGUCGGGAGUGGGUGGGGAUGUGAGGCAGGCCUUCAGUCAACCCACCACUGUCACCAGUGUACGACAUCUCAGGAACGACCUCCUCGUGGCCGCAGACUCUGUCACCAGCGCCAUGUCCUCCCUUGUCAAGGAACUCAACUCUGAGUCGGAAAACACUUCCCUGGAGGAGAAUUGGUCAACAGACACAAGUGCCAGUGAUGAAGAGGACGAUGACGGACAGAUAAGUGAAGCAGAAGCCAACCUGGUGAUGGCAGACAGCUAUGUGAUGCGUACUCAAGAGGAGCUGGAUAACUGGCAGCAGGAAGUGCUGCGGAGGCUGGACCAGGAGCAGGACUUUAUUUCACAGCUUCGCGCUCGCAGGGCCAAGAGUACUAGCAGCAGCCACAACCAAAGUGACACAGAAAACGACAAUUACAUUCCAGAGAACUCGUUCCUCAACAGGACAGAUGAUGGAAGUGCCUUAGGUACUGAUGAUGCAGAAUCAUAUAUCCGCACAGAUGAUGAGAGCUGCAUCCGAACAGAUGACGAGGAUGCUGAGCUAUAUGACAAUCAUCCAAAGGAGUUACCUGGUCGCAUGACAUCCAGUACAUAUACAACAGAUGAAGAGAGUUACCUUCAGUCAGAUGCAGACUCCUACAUUCGCACUGAUGACGAGGAGGGAGGCAACACUGACUGGGAAGAGUCCAUGAAACGCUGGGUCAAUCGCUGAAAUCAUCCGGGUCACCUGGCACAGGGAAUGGAGCAAUAUAAACAGAAGGGCUUACUCUAUAUCAUAGGGAGUGAAGCAACCAAACGGAACAGCUUGCUCUUUAUCAUAGGGAGUGAAGCAACCAAACAUAACAGCUUACUCUUUAUCAUAGGGAGUGAAGCAACCAAAAUGAACAGCUUCCUCUGUAUCAUAGGUAGUGAAGCGGCUAAACAGAACAGCUUACUUCUUGUGAUGAGAAAAUACAGGGCUGAAACUCUGAUGCAAGAUUUUUCAUAAAAGGUGAUGUAACAGUAGUAGAACAGCAUAUCCCGAACUGUGAACAGAUGCAUUGGAGAACUAUACAGACAUUGUUAUGGCCUCAUUGCAGGGAAAAAGCUACAAAUAGAACUAAUACUACAACUAUCUGCUGGAGAAGUGUGACAGAUCCUGGUCGUCUCCCUUGCUUUAUGCUCAGUCAGGUUAUGUGACCAAGGCUGAUUACAUGUACCUAUAUCUAGGUUAGUCCAUGUAGAUAUAUGGCCGGACAAGGUUAUCUCCCUUUGUUAGUAGCGUUACUUAGGGAGAAAUAGAUGGUUCACUAAUUAGCUCCCUAGAAGCUUUAAAUCUUGUUACGUUUUAACAGUAGGCAUACCAGGGAACCUAUGAAAAUUGUUGAGCUGACAGAUUAUUGAAAGAAAACAUUAUAGCUCUACUACACUACCGAUGUGUGUAAGGGAGAUAACUGUAUGCAGGACAUCAGAAUUAUCUCUAUAUGUCUCCUUUCAUCAGGGUAGUUUGUUACAGAGUUACCUCCUCAUUACUAGGGCUGGUUGUUACACAGUUACCUCCCCUGUCAAUUAUAUGUAGUUUCAUGUGUUUGUAGAUCCUGUGAGAGAAAUUGUGCCCGAUACUGUCUAGUGACAAAACACCUAUCCAGAUCUCUCACCAAUAUUUUACUAUGAUCUUUACCAUUGCUACAUUGUUCAUAUAAAAUCACAUCACAACCAACUCUCAACAGAAAUAUUUUAUAACAGUAUAUUUCGUUGGUUCAAGUGAUAUCAGCAUCAUCUCUAUGUAACACCUGUUUUCAGUGGGUAGUUGUGUGAAAUCCGUGGUCUCCACCUGUUUUUCCUGUGUGUUAAUAUUCGUCACCCAACAAGGAAACUAGCAUUGUCAAAUAUAUGAGGGAGCCUAUCAAUGUGACAUAUAAUGUAGAUUGUUAUGUGAUGUGAUUACUGAAGCAUUGCGUUAUCUCAUAUAGCAUGUUAUCUGUUACAAAUUCCAUGAUAACUUCUUAUCUCAUGCACGUAUUGAGAAAACUUGUUAUCACAAGGUUACUGUGAUAACCUGUUAUCUCAUAGAGUAACGAGAUAACAUGUUAUCUGUUACAAAUAUCAUGAUAACCUGUCAUCUUAUACAAGUACAAUAAGAUAACAUAUAUAUGUUAUGUUAUCUUGUUACAAGUAUGUUAGUAACCUGUUAUACAAGUAACGAGAUACAACGAGAUAACAUGUUAUCUGUUACAAGUACGUUAAGUAACCUGUUAUACAAGUAACGAGAUACAACGAGAUAACAUGUUAUCUGUUACAAGUACGCUAGUUACCUGUUAUACAAAUAACAAGAUACAACGAGAUAACAUGUUAUCUGUUACAAGUACGUUAGUAACCUGUUAUACAAGUAACGAGAUACAACGAGAUAACAUGUUAUCUGUUACAAGUACGUUAGUAACCUGUUAUACAAGUAACGAGAUACAACGUGAUAACAUGUUAUCUGUUACAAGUACGUUAGUAACCUGUUAUACAAGUAACGAGAUAUACCUGGGACAACCUGUUGACUGUUGCAAGUACAGUGAUAACUGUUUUAUCAUCUAUAUACUACUUUAUAUCACCUACCGGUAGCAUGAUAAAUUUGUUAUCAUUGGUUGUCAGUAUGAGAAUAAGUUGAGAACGACUUGAGAACAACUUAAGAAGAACUUGAGAAUGAAUUUUCCCAUUCUCCAGCACUUGGGAAUGUAUUUUCUCAAAAAAGAGUGUCUGCUCGCGCCAGAUGACACCCGAAACCGGAAAUAGUGUCCACACAAAAGCGAUAUGGGUAAGAAAAUAUGCCGACUAAACAUAUCAAUACAAAGUUAUGGAAAAAUAUUGUGAGAACAACAACACCAUUUCAGGAAUAAAUGUGCAUAUAAUAAAGCCUAUGAUGAUAGGAUUGUUUUAAAAAUAUUUAUUCUACAUAGUUUUAAGAUUCAUUGUAUUCCUCCGCGCUAAACUUCUAUUUG